CGCUCGGCCGCCGCUUUCCGGGAGCCGCGGCUCGCGAGGCGGGGGAGGCGCCGGAGCGGUCGCUGCCAGCGCGGGGACGAGGCCGCCGUGGUCCACGAGCGCCGCGCGCUCCUGCCGGCCCCGGGCGCGCGCCGCGCCCUCGGCCCCCGCGGCUCCCGCGGCCCCUCAGCACCCUUAGCCCCUCAGCCCCUCAGCCCCUCAGCGCCUCAGCGCCUCAGUGGGGACGGCCGGAGGCGGCGGCGGCUGAGGCGGCCGAGAGGCCCCUCCUUCACGCCCUCCUCUCGCUCGCUCGCCCGCCGCCGAGCCGAGUCGCGGCCGGGCCCUGCGCCGUCCGCCGGGCCAUGGCCGGCAACGUGAAGAAGAGCUCGGGGGCCGGGGGCGGCGGCGGCUCCGGGGGCUCGGGCGCGGGCGGCCUCAUCGGGCUCAUGAAGGACGCCUUCCAGCCGCACCACCACCACCACCACCUCAGCCCGCACCCGCCGGGCACCGUGGACAAGAAGAUGGUGGAGAAGUGCUGGAAGCUCAUGGACAAGGUGGUACGGUUGUGUCAGAACCCAAAGCUGGCGCUAAAAAAUAGCCCACCUUAUAUCUUAGACCUGCUGCCAGAUACCUACCAGCAUCUUCGUACUAUCUUGUCAAGAUAUGAGGGGAAGAUGGAGACACUUGGAGAAAACGAAUAUUUUAGGGUGUUCAUGGAGAACUUGAUGAAGAAAACUAAGCAGACCAUAAGCCUCUUCAAGGAGGGGAAGGAAAGGAUGUAUGAAGAGAAUUCUCAGCCUAGGAGAAACCUAACCAAGCUGUCCCUCAUCUUCAGCCACAUGCUGGCAGAACUGAAAGGAAUCUUUCCCAGUGGUCUCUUCCAAGGAGACACAUUUCGAAUUACUAAAGCAGAUGCUGCAGAAUUUUGGCGGAAAGCUUUUGGUGAAAAGACAAUAGUCCCCUGGAAGAGUUUUCGACAAGCCCUUCAUGAAGUUCAUCCCAUCAGUUCUGGGCUGGAGGCCAUGGCUCUGAAGUCCACUAUUGAUCUGACCUGCAAUGAUUAUAUUUCAGUUUUUGAAUUUGACAUCUUUACACGACUGUUUCAGCCCUGGUCCUCUUUGCUCAGGAACUGGAACAGUCUUGCUGUAACUCAUCCUGGUUACAUGGCUUUCCUGACAUACGAUGAAGUGAAAGCUCGCCUUCAGAAAUUCAUUCACAAGCCUGGCAGUUACAUUUUCCGGCUGAGCUGUACUCGUCUGGGUCAGUGGGCUAUUGGGUAUGUCACAGCUGACGGAAACAUCCUCCAAACAAUUCCUCACAAUAAACCUCUCUUCCAAGCACUGAUUGAUGGCUUCAGGGAAGGCUUCUAUUUGUUUCCUGAUGGCCGGAAUCAGAAUCCGGAUCUGACAGGCUUAUGUGAACCAACUCCCCAAGACCACAUCAAAGUGACCCAGGAACAAUAUGAAUUAUAUUGUGAGAUGGGUUCCACAUUCCAGCUGUGUAAGAUCUGCGCUGAGAACGAUAAGGAUGUCAAGAUCGAGCCUUGUGGACAUCUCAUGUGCACGUCCUGUCUGACGUCCUGGCAGGAGUCUGAAGGCCAGGGCUGUCCUUUCUGCCGAUGUGAAAUUAAAGGUACUGAACCCAUUGUGGUCGAUCCAUUUGAUCCUAGAGGAAGUGGCAGCCUGUUGAGGCAGGGAGCAGAAGGAGCCCCGUCCCCUAAUUAUGAUGACGACGAUGAUGAACGUGCCGAUGAUUCUCUCUUCAUGAUGAAAGAGUUAGCUGGUGCCAAGGUGGAGAGGCCUCCUUCACCAUUCUCAAUCGCCCCACAAGCUUCCCUUCCCCCAGUACCACCUCGACUUGACCUUCUACAGCAGAGAAUUUCUGUUCCUUCAAGUGCUUCUGGUCUUGGACCUGCUUCUAAGGCUGCUUCUGGCUCCCUUCAUAAGGACAAGCCUUUACCAAUACCUCCCACACUUCGAGACCUUCCACCACCGCCCCCACCAGACCGGCCGUAUUCUGGUGGAACAGAAACCCGGCCACAGAGACGUCCUUUGCCGUGUACACCAGGCGACUGUCCGUCCAGGGACAAACUGCCACCUGUCCCUUCUAGCCGCCUUGGGGAAUCAUGGUUGCCUCGGCCAAUCCCCAAAGUACCAGUAGUUGCGCCAAACCCCAGCGAUCCCUGGACGGGAAGAGAAUUAACCAAUCGGCAUUCACUUCCAUUUUCAUUGCCCUCCCAAAUGGAAUCCAGAGCGGAUGGGCAUAGACUCGGAAGCACUUUCAGUCUGGAUACCUCCCUGGGUAUGAAUAGCAGCCCAUUAGCAGGUCCUGAGUGUGAGCACCCCAAAAUCAAGCCUUCUGCUUCUGCCAAUGCCAUUUAUUCUCUGGCGGCCAGACCUCUUCCUGUACCAAAGCUGCCGUCUGGGGAGCAGGGUGAGAGUGAGGAGGACACAGAGUAUAUGACUCCUUCCUCGAGGCCCGUGGGGCUGCCGAAGCCAGAGCUGAAACGGCCUUUGGAGCCAACCCAGAGUUCAUGCACGGGUGAUGGUGACCAACAGGCAGAUAGCUGCACAUACGAAGCCAUGUAUAAUAUUCAGUCCCAGGCUGUGCCUGGCGCCCCAGAGAGUAGCACCUUGGGGGACGGAACUCUGGCUGCAGCCCAGGCCAGCGCAGGCCCCGAGGAGUCGGAAAACGAGGAUGAUGGGUACGAUGUGCCGAAGCCGCCCGUCCCGGCAGCGCUGGCACGCCGCACGCUCUCAGACAUCUCCAACGCCAGCUCUGCCUUUGGCUGGUUGUCUCUAGAUGGCAGUCCCGCACGUGAGUCCCCAGACUUCACUGAGGGUUCCCAAGUUCCGGAGCGACCUCCCAAACCAUUCCCGCGGAGAAUCAACUCUGAACGGAAAGCGGGGAGCUGUCAGCAAGGGGGUGCUACUGCUGCCGCCGCCUCGCCACACCUCUCCAGUGAGAUCGAGAACCUCAUGAGUCAGGGCUAUUCCUACCAGGACAUUCAGAAAGCGUUGGUCAUUGCCCACAACAACAUCGAGAUGGCCAAAAAUAUCCUGCGGGAGUUUGUUUCGAUUUCUUCUCCUGCUCAUGUGGCCACCUAGCACCUUGCCUCGCUGCAGCUUUAGAGGACCCUGAGCUGAGCUCUCACUCACUCGGUGGCACCUCACAGGCAGAGGCUCCUCUGGAGACAGCACAGUGGGGUCGCGACCAGUCUGUGGGGUCCUGUGGUUCCAGGAUUUCAAGGCGGAGGAAUGAAAUGGAGCAGCUAAUAUGUUUGCAGAUCUUACUUGUUUUGGGAGUACAUUGGAAGGUGCCCUUCCGUCCCCACUUAGAGUGUGGAUUUUUAUUAAAUAGUAGCUUACCUGGGGAACCGUCCAGAAAGCAGUGGGAGAGGUUUUGUGCUCUAAAUUCUAAUUGAAUACUUAAGAUUUUCCUGGGUUAAAGAAGUGAUUGUGCGUGCGUGCGUGUAUGUCUGUCUGUGGUUGUGCGUGUCCUGUGAUUCUAAGAUUAACCUGCUGUCUGUGUUGAUCCCGGGCAGGGAGUCAGCACAAGAGGUCUCAGAAGGAAUCUUCUCAAGACUUCGUCUACUGUGGUAUCACACCCACCCUAGUGCACCUGUCACGGCCAAAACACUCCCCUUUGCUUGGAUUCUUGCGCACAGAGCUUGUCUUGUGCUCUUAGGAUCCCCUCCUGCUCCCCUGCCCCUCUGCCCUCCUCCCGCCUCUCCAGUCUCUGACCAGCCAGGACCAGCCUUACUGAUGCCGAGUGCCUUCUCGGCCAUUCUCUCUUGCGUGGGAAUGCGGAUUUGAAUGUUCGAAGGGUGGGGGAGCAUCCCAUUGCUCUAUCCUGGCAGUGCUGUUCGAUGCCAGCAGCUAACACUGGUCACUCCAAAGUACCAUUUCUCCAGGACAUUGAAUCUGCUCGGACAAGAGCUCUUCAUUCUGAUGACUUGGCUGAUCUACGAUAGAGGCCUCCGGUGCAUUCCAGCCCUCUGCAGAGCACAGUCUGCGGGAGCAGUUGCCGUGGGCCCGGGUGGGAGCUGAUCUAAGUCAGGACCUGUCUGCUCCAGGGCCGGGGGGGGAACAUGGGUUUCCAGUGUGGCUUUCUGACCUGUCUGCCAUGAAGCUUUUUGAAGAAGUACUGUUCCUUUGCUCUUUCCUUUGUUACAUAAAUACUGCACAAAGAGAUCAUAGUAUAUUCAGAAUGGCUCUUCUCCCCAGCAAAUGAAUUACAGUUUAUUUGGACAUCACCCUUUGAACUAGAGCAGCUUGUUGCAGAAAUGAUUCUCUUUGCCCUUGAAGGAGUGAGUUGGGGUUGGGGUAUACCAUUUUGCUGAUACUGAUCCCUUUCCUACAUGGUGCCACCAGCGACUGGUGUUGUCCUGUGGCUCUGGGGACGCGGCCUCUCCUGCACGCUUCUCCCAUCUUAGGGCUGUGUCCCUAGGACUGAGGUGUCAUCCAUGACCUGAAUGACUUUUGGACACUCAGGAACUGAGCUGGGGUGGGCCUGGUGCUUGGGACCACUGUGGGCCCAAGGAGAGGGCUCAGUACUCGGAGUGGAAUGCCAGGGUCAGUCCCAGAGGCGCCGCUGGGUGACCCUCGGGCUCAGGUAGCCUCUGUCUUAAUCUUGCUUGCUUCCUGCCCUGGGAGCCUGUGCUCUGCCUGUUGCGGGUGACUCCUGCCCAUCCCAGAAUCUCCAUGUUUUCCCUUUCGAGCCAGACAAAGUCCUCUGCAAAGACUGUUCUCUCCUAGACUGUCAGCUUUGGGCCAGAACUAUCCAGGCUCUUUUUCCCAUUCAUGUCAUCCUCAAUGUAGUUCUUUCAUCCUCUUGCUCCAAGCCAUUGACCUUCUGAGCUGGCAGUUUAGGCCUUGUCGGCCUGUUCUUGUCUAGUAGGUUCUUUACCCAUGUGGGGAGCUCCUGAAUAGGGGGCAGAGUGGGGGCGGGGGGGCACGAUGGUAUACGAACACUGUCUCCUAAAAGCCACAGCUACUGUCACAUUACAGCCAUUGAGUGCUGUGCUUUGUUUCGAUGUGGACAGUCCAGAUAACUGGGAGAAGGCCUGUCCUCCUGUCUCUCCACUCCGCACUGGUCUUCCCUCACUCCUCCUCCAGGGACCAAGUCCACUUCUGCAUCCUCCCAUGCGGCUAGGCCCAUGUCUUCAGGGAUUUGACCUUUUCUGCGUAGACACCCACAAGGGCCAACCUUCCCCUCUGUCGUCCCCAACCUUGGGGGCAGCGGUGACCUGGGAACCAGCUCCUGGUGUGCAACGUGGGCCCCGCGGAUUGACGUGGUCAUGAGUUGGAGACAUGUGUCUGCCAACAUUCAUGGUGAUAACUCAGUUCUCUGGACGUGCUGAGGACACUGGAGGUUCUCGCCAGGGGAACCUCAGGACAAGUUGCCAUUGCCUUGUUUUAAAAUCUCCAGAAAAUUUGGUUUUUGGUUUUGAGCUACAUCAAUUAGUGUUCAGGGCCUCCUCCUGGCUCUGCACUUAGAGAUCACUCCCCGCAGGCUCAGGGACCUUCUGGGGUGCCAGGUAUGGAACCCGGAUGGCCUCAUGCAAAGCAAACACUCUUAACUUUACUCCAGCCCCUUCAAACUUAUUUCUUAAAUUUUCCUCUGAGGCGGUAAUAAUCAUUACUUGAAUGGCGAUUUUUCUUUUUUUUAAAUUAAAUCACCGUUGAGAUACACAGUUACAACGUUGUUCAUGAUUGGGUUUCAGUCAUGUUCCAGCACCUGUCCCUUCACCAGUGCACAUUUCCCAGAAUGGCAAUUUUUAAUUCUUUGGUUUAACUGACUGUUCUGAAGCCGCUCUUUCCCCAGCCCAUUCAAGUUCCUCCCUCGCUUUCAUGCACAUGGGACAGAGGUGAGGUCUAGUCCUUCACUGUGUGCAACGCUUUCUUUUCUUUUUUUUUGGCUUUUUGGGUCACACCCAGCGAUGCUCAGGGGUUACUCCUGGCUUUGCACUCAGGAAUUACUCCUGGCGGUGCUUGGGGACCAUAUGGGAUGCCAGGGAUCGAACCCGGGUCGGCCGCGUGCAAGGCAAACGCCCUACCCGUGUGCUAUCGCUCCGGCCCCUGUGUGCAACGCUUUCUGAGAGACUGCAGGCUCCUUUGCCCAGCCUCGUGCCUUGCAGUCUGGGUGCCCACACUACCUGCUCUGUUGCCCCCCACAGUCUUUCCAGUGAAAACAGGUGAGGGCAUGUAGGGCGCAUGCCCUUCCUGCACCAGUGUUAGUAUUAUCUGAGUAGCCGGGUCAUGGGUGUGGGUCAGUUUCUGUCCCCUGCACCCUCUCCCAACCUGCCUCAUGUCUGCCCAUCUCUGCUUCCUUGUCUUGGGUGAUUCUCACCAUUGGGGCUCGGGACUGGAUUCACACUAUUAGAAUUGUUGUUUGAGGAUCAGAAGUAUUUGGGUGUGGGGAAGGCACCAGAGCAAUAAUACAGGGGGUACGGCAGCCAACCCAGGUUCUAUCUCUCGCAUCCCAUAUGGUCCCUUGAGCACCACCGGGAGUAAUUCCUAAGUGCAGAGCCAGGAAUCAGCCCUGCGCAUCACCAAAAGCCAAAAGAAACCAAAAAAAGUAGUCGAGGGCUGGAGCAAUAGUACAGCGGCUAAGGUGCUUGCCUUGCACAGGGCUACCCCUGGCUCGAUCUCUGGCACCCCAGAUGGUCCCCAAACUCUCUCUGCUAACAGUGAUUUCUGAACAACACUGGCUGUGGCUCAAACCCCUCCCCCCAUUCCACAAAAUAAAAGUAUUUGUGAAAGGGAGAUAGAUGUUCUUCUUAUACUUAAAGUAUUUAUUUCAAACAUGAAAUUUUUUACAUUUGCUUACAAAGUAAGGACCAGCUCCCGAGCCCCCCUCAGACAACACAAACAAGCUGCAGACCUCUGUGUGCAGCAGUGGGGUCACUGCAGGACACCCCUCCCUCACAGCAUGACCAUCAAAGGGGCACCUUCCCACAACCUCAGAGCUCCAUCUUGCCUUGGCCUCUCUGGCUCUGCAGUGAGUCCUGUCCGUGGGGCGCUGUGUCGGUGGAGGCCAGUGUUUGGGUGUUUCCCGUGUGCCUGAGUGUGCGCCAUGUCCUGGCCCCCAUGCAGUGACAUGAGGGGCUGGCACUGACUCGGGGCUGUGGGCCUGAGCCCUCAAGUAUUCACAUUUGACCCUAAAGUGGCCCUUCCCGGAAGAUAGCGCCGUUUUGUUCACAGCUCUAUUCUGUGGGCGGGUGUCUCCUUAGUUGUCCUGGUUCAGACCUCUUCAAGACUCUAGCCUUUAAUUAUUCUCUAGCUUUAUCAUCUGGGAUGUUUUGUUUCAUCAGUGUCUCAGCAGUACUCACCAGUUUUGUUUUCUGGGUUUUGUUUGGUGGCCUGAAGGCACACUGGCCAGUAACUGAGGCGUAGGGCAGCCCAUGGUUCCCCUUCUUCAUCUUUUCAUCCAGCUGCUUGUCCUAAUCCCCCUGCUGAGAAGUCCCAGCCUUUGGGGACCUGUCACCAUCUCCCUUACAUUUAGGGCUUGGUUCCCGGCAGUUCUGUGUCUGAGAAGGGCUGGAAGUGGGGGUCAGGGGUGGCGCCUGUCUUUGGAGCCUGAUCUUCAACCUGGUUUCUGGGAGCCGGACAGGAACAGUGACCUGGGUCAGUUCUCAGAAAGUCCAGCCUCCCCUUCCGCUUAGCAGCUCCGAGAGGCCCUGGCGGGCUGUGACUCUCCUGCACCCCCAAGCGCCACCACUUCAGUCCAGAGUCUCCUGACUCGGGGUCAUCCUUCCCGCCGCCGCGUGAGUGUCCCUGACUCUGACAGCCUUCUGGGGACAGUUCCUGGACUAUUCUUUGCCUAGCACAGACUCCAUGUCGAGAGUUAAGGUUGGAAUCCUUCGGUUACAAGAAACAAAUGCGACCGAGGAGGGGGCAGUCCGUGGGGUGCGGGCAGGUGUCCCUGGGUUCAGGCGGAGAAGGGGAGCUGGGACAGGAAACGGAGCUGCAUGGGCAGGCCUGGCCCAGCAACGAGCACCACACACAGCUGCAGCCGCUGGAUGCUUGGAGGAGGUGGUGUGGGCAGCAGAACUGCCCCAUGAGCACUGGGCUCUGCUGGCCUCUGCUGGCCACACUGGCAGCUCCCUGGGGAGUGGGUGAGGCAGGGCUGCAGGGUGAGGUUAGGCGUCACUGAAUUCCGGCUGCCGCUCAUUUCUCUGUCCCUCACCACCCUCAGGGCCCGUCUCUGGCUCUGGAUCUCGAUGUUCUGCUGUGAUGGCAUUGGCCAUCGCCCUCUCUCAUCUUGUCAGGGUUCUCGUGUGUUUUCUGGAGAGCUGCUCUUGCCUCUGCCCCCCACACAGUGGCCUCGUCUUUCUCUGGGCCCACACACCCUUGUGCCAUCUUACUGAGAUGUGGGGUGUCUGCUGCCGAAGCUCCCCUUUUCUUUCAUUUUAAAAUAGUUUUACUGUGCAUACCAUAGUUACAUUUUUAAAUUGGCAGAACUCACCCCCCCCCAGCCCCUGCCCGCCUGCCUGGCUCCCUUGGACAGCCUUGGCCAGGAUGUGGCAACUGCAGGGGAACCCGGGUGCUGGGAGCACCUCCCCCAGCGCCGUUCGCCCUCCCUGGCCAGCUGCGGACGCUGCACUCCGAGACUCAGCUCCUUGCUUUGUCAUGUUUUUGAAGACUGCAUCUCGAUGCCUGAAACUUUUGACCUUCCAUAGCUCAUCCUAGCGCCUAUCUUGUUGUUCAGGUAUUUCAGCUCCUGGAGUCACUGGCUCCACACAGAAGGAACCUGCAUUCCAAAGCUCUACACUGAGGCUAUGAGAAGGGCCUGGGGUCGGGGUCAGUGUUGGCGCCAUUAGUCUAGGCUCUAAAAUCGAGAGGACAGAGAGCCAGAGUACCACGUGCCUUCCCUGUGUUCUAGGAAGUCGGGUUGGGAGUCCCCGGGCCGGAGAGACAGCUUGAGGGGCCAGAGCAUGGGCCCUGCAUGCAGGGGGUCCGGCUUCCUUUCCUGGCAGCACGCGGCCCCCUGAGGGUAUCUGGGGAUGGCCCCCAAGCAGACUGAAGCUCAGAGCGGGGUGAGUGCCAGAGUAUCUGGAUUCCCGAAAGUAGCACAAGGGGUGGGUGGGGACCUGUGCACUGUCAGAUGGAAACUCUUGCCCAAGGGCCAGCUGCUGACGAACAGCCUGAGCCGCAUGCAGCGCGCAUGCACGUACAUCUGACCCCCACACCUGAGUGUACCCCACUGCGUGUCGUGCCCCAUGGUCUCAGUUCCAGCCACCGCGUGACAGCACCUUCCCCACGCCUCUCUCCACUUCUCCUGCCUCCCUGAUCCCGAGGAGGCCAGGGCAGUGUUGCUCAACCCUUGCUGAGUGCAACCCCACAGGCAUUGUGCCACCUCUGCCCAGGCCCUGGGGUGGGGCCGAGCUGUGGGCCCAAGCCUGGCACUCCUGCCAGGGUUCAUGUGCCAAGGUGGCAUUUCCCCCUUCUGACCUACCUCUGAUCCUGGGAUGGCUGAGGGUCACCCCUGGCUGUCCGAAAAUGGGCAGGUAGAGAGAGCGCCUCCUGCGCCCCCACCCAGCAACCUGUCCUGGGCCCCCUUGGCCUCGGCUGCUUCCCACCACAUUCUCUCCGGGCGCAGCAGCUGCGGGCGCAGUGUCCUGGGCACCGGGCUGCCUCCUGAUUCACACUGCCCGGCCUCCAGCAUCGUGGCCUUGACCUGCUGUGAAACGGGGCUGGGUCGGGCAGGGCGGCUUUGAGGGGCCUCCACCAUUUGCUGCUGGCCCUGGCAACUUGGGACUUUUAACCUUAUAUAUCUUUUCUUUCAUUCAAAACAAAACAAUUUUUAGCACACUGAAAAAAAAAAAAGCCAAACAUUUUGUGCCUUUCUAAGGCAGCACUGUAUCCCAGGCUGCAUUUCAGACUUAAUAUGGAAAUAGCAGAGUCUCUGUUCCUCCACCUUGCAUGUCAGGAGCCCCCAGCGUCCAGGGGAGCAGGUCCAGAGGGUCCCGAGAGCAGGUCAGCGCCACUGCGCACUUGCUGCAGCACGGGCUGCAGUCUUGCCCAUCUUGCUGGUUUUUGGGGGGAGGCUGUGUCUCCAGCAGAGGCAGAAUGUUUCAGGCUUCCCAGCACCCCUCUCCUGGCCUCCGGUCCCGUUCAUGUCCCAAGCGCGUGGAGAAGUAUAGGAAGGAUUCGGGGGUGGGGGUGAGGGGUCUAUUUUGCCUCGAUCCCACUCUCGCCUGGACCUCUCGCCUCUCUGCAGACCUGCCUGUUUCUUGUUUCUUGACUUAAGCAUUAAGUGGCUCGUGCUCCCGGCAGGGUAGCGAGACUCCAACCCUGGCUCAGCAUGGGGCUAUGGUGCAUCUCGGCAAAAAAAAAAGAAAACAUUUCCUUGUGUAAAGGAGUUUUAUUUAAAUCUUUUCUUUUCUCAGUUCAUCCCUGCCUGUAAGUAGAAUUGGGAGCUAGAAUCCAUUUUCUUUCAAGUCCUCCUUCUACAGGAUUUGGACAUUCUUGGCCUGGGUGGGGCUGGAGAGAACAUGCUGCUUUCUCCAGAGUGAACAGUCCCGAUUUGUAUAUCAGUGUUAAAAAUAAAACAAAAGCUUAGAUGAGAUUUUUGUGGACUAUUUUAAAAAAUGUGUCAUUAAUAUAAAAAAAUUUAUAUUAGCAGUAUUUAAUCAUCCUCACCUGUAAAGGAGAAAAAAAAACAGAAGGUAAAUAUUCUUACAGAGAAGCAGAGCUUUAAGAUCCAUUUUCAUUUGAAGUCCAUUUUGUUUUGCCGAUGUAUUAAUGUUUUAGAGGUCUGUUAUACUAAUGUUAUUUAUUAAUUUUUUUCAUUUCCAUACACAGUUAACUAAAGAGCUUUUUCAAGCACCCGUCUGUAAAAAAAAUAUUUUUAAAUAAAGUUCUUUUGUUGUAGCUGA